CAUAACGUAGGUCUAAUUUCCCCCACAGAUUUAUGUCCCACUCGGAGAUGCCAGAGCAUACCCAUUAUACCUCCCUCAAUGUCUGAAGUGAGGAUUGUACUUCUGGGGGAAGAUGUUCUCCAAACCAACAGAGUGGGAAACUUCAUCCUAAGCAGAUCUGCAUUUCAGACUAAAGUUCCUUCUUCAGUGAAGCUGCACUGUGAGAGAGCCAAUGUUCAGUUGGAGGGAAGAAGCAUCACUAUCAUCAACACUCCCCAUCUCUAUAACCCUCAGCUCUCUCAGGAGGAACUGACUCAGAGAGUAAAAGAGUGCAUUACUCUCACUGAUCCUGGACCUCAUGUGUUUCUUUUAGUGCUUCAGUCAGGAACACUCGCACAUGAGCGACAUGACAGAGUCAGAAACACACUGGAGACUUACAGCCCACUGUCUAGGGAACGUUCAAUAGUGAUAACUACAGGUGAAGACCAUGGAGUCAUCAGUGAAUGUGAAGUGAGACACCACAGAAUACAGGAUAUAUCUGCAUUUGAUAAACGUCAAGUUCUCCAGCUUUUGGGGAAAAUAGAUAUGCUGCUGAAGGAGACUGGAGGAACAGACCUACAAGCGAGGAAAGCUACACUGAGAAGUCAUCAGGAUUAUUUGACUGAAGACACAUCAAAGACAGAUGGAGAAACACUAAGGGGGGAUCUGGAGGAGAAUAAAGAUUCAAAACUGACUCCACAUUUGAAACUAGUAAUGCUGGGGAUGAAAGGAGUAAAGACCUCAAUAUCUAACCUUUUAUUGAGUGAAAAUCCAUCACAGGUCCAGACAGAGCACAGCUUGAUGUGUGUAAAGCAGGGAGAAGUGUGUGGAAACCUGAUCACACUGGUGGAGAUACCUGCUUUCUUUAACAGUCAGCUCUCAGAACAGGAAGUGAUGCGUCUGACUCUACACUGUGUCUCUAUAUGUGAUCCUGGAGUUCAUGCUUUCCUCAUUGCGGUUCCUGGAGAUGCUCUAACUGAUGAAGAACAAUCAGACCUAGAGAUGUUUCAGAGUAUCUUUGGCUCAAGAGUUCAUGACCACACCAUAUUCCUCAUCAACCAGCAGUCUCAAAGGGAGCAGUUACAUGAGAGUCUUCACUCUGUGAUAAAGGCAUGUGGAGGACGAUAUGGAUUCUACAGCAGCAGAACAGAUGCAGCAGAACUCAUUACACGCGUGAAGGACCUUCUGAAAGAGAACUGCAGUCAUCUGUACACCAUGGCCAUGUAUACUUAUGAACAGAUUCAAACACAGCUUCAGUACAAAAGUGAAAAGGAAUAUCUUCAACAGAUGAGCAAUCAAACACAAGGUACAGUGUUCAAUUAAAA